AUGCCCUCCACCACAUCAGGCCUUUCCAGCGACCGCGACCCCUCGGUUCCCGCGUCGGCCAUGCCUUUGAUCUCCCCCAAUGCCCUCCUCUACGCGCACUUGAAGCAGAACCCGCCUCGGCGACCGUCAAACCGAGCGCCCUCAGAGUUUCGCUCCAUCCAACUCAAUGUCGGCUCCUUGACCCACUGCAAUGGCUCAUCGCUGGUCAAGAUCGGCGCAACAACAAUUGUGUGCGGAGUCCGCGCCGAGAUUCUUCCAGUCACGGAGAUCCCCAGCUUUAGAAUCACAAGAUCCGGCGCAUCAUCCACACCAGCAGCUGCAGCUGAGGAAGAGGAGGAGGUGUAUUCGGCAAUCCCGCUGUACAAUCUGGUGGUCCCGAAUAUCGAGCUCGCCACCGGCUGCUCGCCGAGACACCCGGCAAACACGACCCCUUCGACCGAAGCUCAGUCAAUAUCACAACGUUUAUUGUCAUUGCUGCACACGUCGCAGCUGGUCAGAUCUUCCGACCUGGAGAUCAGCUACACACCGCCUCCGCAAGCAGAGGAUCUCGAGCUGGGUCUCGACACGGACCCUCGGCUGAAGGCAUACUGGACGCUAUACAUCGACAUGACGUGCAUCAGUCAUGGUGGGUCGAUCUUCGACGCCGCAUGGCUGGCGCUGUACGCGGCUUUGAAAAACACGCUCCUCCCCAAGGCAUGGUGGGAUGCCGAUCUAGAACAGGUGCUCUGCUCUGCCGAGGUGAGCGAUGCACGAAAGCUCGACCUACGAGGCAUGCCUGUGCCCAGUAGUUUUGGCGUCUUCGUCCCCGAGAAGAGAGUGCUCGGUCAAGAUGGCCGCGAGGAUGGAUUCUGGGUCCUCAUGGACACGGAUGGGUUUGAGGAAGAAGCGUGUGGCGAAACCGGAUCCAUCACCGUGGACGCGGGCUCGUCGACGGGCUCGCCGUCAAUACUGCGGAUUGAGAAGAACGGCGGCUCCAAUGUCGGCGUAGACCAGAUGGUGGAGAUCGUCGCAUUGGCCGAGCGAAGGUGGCAUCAAUGGAAAGCCGCUCUGAACUCGGUGGUAACGGCGUCCUGA